AUGGAUCGAGAUCCAAGUCCUGGAACAAAAUCUCCGUCGAGAAGAGAUUAUAGCAACAAUAAAGAAUAUUACGAGGCCUUACUUUUGUUUUCCCAACGAACUGGUCACCAGGAAGAAGUAGCCGUAUCUUGCGAUCGCUUAGGCAAGCUGUUUUACUCGCUCUAUGAAUAUGGUAAGGCUGCAGAACAUCACGAGAAAGCACUUAUGAUUAACCAAGAAAUCAGUGACAGACAGGGAAUAAGCCUAUCUUACCUUAACCUCGGAAGAACUUUUUGUGCACUCAGUGAAUAUGGUAAGGCGAAAGAAUAUCUUGAAAAAGCACUUGCGAUUGUACAAGAGUUAGGUUACCAGGAGGGAAUAAGUGUAUCUUACAUUAACCUCGGGCGGGUUUCUCUUGAACUCGGUGAACACAGUAAAGCAAAAGAGUAUCACGAGAAAGCACUUGUGAUCAAUCAAGAAAUCGAUGACCAGGGGGGAGUAGCCGCAUGCUACAGUGAGCUCGGACAGGUUUUUUAUGCACUCGGUGAAUACAACAAGGCGAAAGAAUAUCACGAGAAAGCACUAGCGAUCAAUCAAGAAAUCGAUGAUCAGUGCGAAGUUAAAAAGUCAUUAGGUAGACUAGGACUGGUGUUUGAUAAACUCAGUGACUAUAGCAAGGCUAAAGACUGUCACGAGAAAGCUCUUGCUAUUAGUCAAGGAACUGGUGAUCAGGUGGGAGUAGGCGUAUCUUACGGUAACCUAGGACUGGCUUAUCUUGGAAUGGCCGAAUAUGGCAAAGCUUUGGAAUACCAGGAGAAAUCAGUAGCGAUCAAACAAGAAACUGGUGAUAGGCGGGGGGAAGGCGUAUCUUGCGGUAACCUUGGAAUAGUUUAUUUUGCACUGGCUGAACAUGUCAAGGCUAAGGAAUAUCUCGAGAAGGCAAAUGUGAUUGCUCAUGAAUUUGGUAAAAGGGAGGACUUAACCGCAUCUUACAGUAACCUAGGACUGGUGUUUUUUGCAGUCGGUGACUAUGGCAAGGCAAGAGAACAUUACGAGAAAGCACUUGCGUUCCAGCAAGAAGUUGGUGAUAAGGACGGAGUAGCAUCAUCUUACCUUAAGCUAGGACAGGUCUAUCUUUCACUUGGUGAAUAUGGCAAGGCUAAAGAAUACAACGAGAAAGCACUUGCGAUCAGUCAAAAAACUGGCAACCGUAGGAACGUAGGGCUGUGUUACACCAGCCUAGGUCAGGGUUUUCAUUCACUCGGUGAAUAUGGCAAGGCUAAAGAAUAUCACGAGAAAGCACUUGCAAUCCAUCUAGAAACAGGCGCCAAGGAUGAAGUAGGCAUAUCUUACGCUCAGCUAGGAGUGAUAUUUCAAGUGCUCUGUGACUAUGGGAAGGCUAAACAAUAUUACGAGACAGCACUUGCGAUCCAUAACGAAACUGGCCAUCAGAGGGAAGUAUGCGUACUGUACUGUAAUUUAGGACAGGUUUUUCAUUCACUUGGAGAAUAUGGCAAGGCUAAAGAAUAUUUCGAGAAAGCGCUUGCGAUUAGCCACGAAAUUGGUUACAGAAAGGCAGUGGGGGAAACUAAUAAUAGCCUAGGAAUGCUGUUUUACGCACUCGAUGAAUAUGGCCAGGCUAAAGACUAUUUCGAGAAAGCACUUGCGAGCCAUAAAGAAAUUGGUAACAGGCCGGAAGAAGGGGCAAUUGACAAUAAUCUUGCACAGGUGUUUUAUUCACUCGGUGAAUAUGGUAAGGCUAAAGAAUACCUCGAGAAAGCACUUGCCAUCCAAAAAGAAAUCGGUCACCAGUCUGGAGUAGGAGUACCUUACGGGACCCUUGGUGUGGUGUCAACUUCACUUGGUGAAUACGACAAGGCUAAAGAAUAUUUCGAGAAAGCACUCGCGAUUCAACAAAAACUCGGUGACCGACAGGGAGUGGGCGCAUGUUACACUAGCCUAGGAAAUGUGUUCUUUGUUCUUGGAGAAUAUGACAAGGCUCAAGAAUACUACAACAAAGCAUUUGCAAUAGGUAAAGAAAUAGGAGACCGGGAAGGAGAGUUAGGCGCGCAAACCAGUCUUUCAGUAGUUGCGGCACAGAAAGGAAAUUCACAGGAGGCUCUUUUGAAUUUGUUGGAAUCACUUACUAAGUGUGAGUAUAUCCGUAAUAAUCUGAUGAAAGACAAUGACGAGUUUAAGAUAUCAUUUCUAGAAAAGUAUAACUUCCUAUAUAGGAUCUUUGGUGAAUUGGGUUCUACUACCGGUUGUGUCGGCGAAGGACUCCACGCUUUAGAGCUUGGACGGGCCAGGGGUCUGGCAGACUUAAUGUCACGUCAGUAUAAUGUAGAAAAUCCGUUAUUCAAUCAUCAAUCUCGAGAAUACCUCGAGCGAUUUACCCGCAAAGAAGUGAGGUGUUUUUGUCUGUACAUUUCAUUUUCUGAGGAACAAAUUUUUCUGUGGAUCCUUAGAGAAAACAAACCUGUCGAGUUUCGAGCAAUAAAGGCAAAGGACAUUCUCGUUGAGAAUGAGACGGUACAGAAUUUGGAUACGUUUCUACGCAAGGAAAUUCUUUUUCGGAGACUUUGUAUUCUACCUAAAGGACAUUGUGAAGAUCGAUUUUUAUCUUCUGUAAAUGAUUGUCAACUUGGGCUAGGAUUAUCCAAAGAAAACAGCUCUUCUUGUUUCCGACUUGUAGAAUUGGAGGAUACAGAAGAAGAAGACCAAGAACUGUACCCUAGUCUUUCUCUUUAUUACAAAUUGAUCAUUGCUCCUGUGGCCGACUUACUCGCUGAGGAAAGCGAAAUUGUUAUUGUUCCUGAUCGCUUUUUGUACAGCGUUCCAUUCGCUGCAUUGCUUGAUGAAAGUGGCGUCAGUUUGUCAGACAAACUCAGGAUCCGCAUGGUUCCUUCCUUGACAACUCUGAAACUUAUUCAGAACAGCCCAGCGGACUAUCACAGUCAGACAGGCACACUGAUAGUUGGUGAUCCGGAAGUUGGUUUUGUGAUUUACAAGGGAUUACUUGACAAAAAGAAAGCGUUGCCUUUUGCAAGAAAGGAAGCAGAGAUGAUUGGACGGCUGAUUGGUGCUCAGCCUUUGAUAGGCGAACAUGCAACUAAAGAUGCGGUCCUCCAAAUGAUAUCUUCAGUGAGUCUCAUACACAUCGCUGCACAUGGUAACGCCGAAAGAGGAGAAAUCGCGCUUAUCCCUCGCCGACCAACUGAUGGCCAUCCACAAGAGGAAGACUACCUACUGACCAUGUCCGACAUUUCAAAGGUUCAGCUCAGAGCUAAACUUGUUGUGCUAAGCUGUUGCCACAGUGCUUGUGGCCAGAUAAAAUCCGAAGGAGUUGUUGGGAUCGCUCGAGCGUUUUUAGGAUCUGGAGCUCGUUCAGUAUUGGUGGCUCUGUGGGCACUACCUGACAAGUCAACAGAGAUAUUCAUGCGCUGUUUUUACAAGCACCUUGCGCUUGGAGACAGUGCCAGUGAAUGUCUUCACCAGGCCAUGAAAUGGAUGAGGAACAAUGGAUAUCCUGAUGUGAGGGACUGGGCACCAUUCGUGCUGAUUGGAGAUGACGUGUCAUUCGAUUUUGCAAAGCUAAAGGUUAGUUUCUCAGAAACGUAGAGCAAUUAUUGAAAAGAGACUAAGUCAUAACAUUUUAAAGCAGUACUUCCAUUUAGUUUUGUUAAUUACAAGCUCCGUGCAUUCUUUUAAUUUAUAAGGUAUUCUUUGCCCUUGUAGCUUAAUUCGUUUGCACGUGGCAGUUAGACUUUUGUAACCCGGGGUACCAGAGACUUUUCAUGAGCGGUUUAAGCCUGCGUGGCAGGCGUUUGGAAGUAGUGGGCGCAAGAAAGACCGAGCGCGCGAGAGGGAGACACGCGAGGGGAGUGCUCUGUCUCCCCUCGUGUGUCUCUCCGUCUCGUGCGCCCACUACUUCCAAGCGACUGCUACGCAGGCUAGCGCGGUUUCCGAUUUCUGUCCCAAGUGUAUAAAGGGACCCACUUGCUGCGAGUGGCUUCGCCUCUGCCCAAGACACCGAAGUAUAACGCCGCACACGAGAAGAAAACCUGUUGUACCCGGGGUAGACUUUUGUUUGAAAAGAAAAGAAGCCAAGGGCAUUUUGUUGUUGGUUACCCUUCUUUAAUAUAAUAAGAAUUGUUAAAUAAGUGAUUUGCAUUUAUCAUCUCUACCAGGUAACGGCUGAAGACGAUGACGAGAUCAAUGAAACUCUUUCAAGAGCGCUGCACAAGAGCUCAUUGGAGUAAAAUAGAUUCAGUUCUCGUUCUUGAAUUGCGUUGGUCAGAGGCCUAAUUUCAGUUCUCCACAAUUAUGCUUGCAAGAAGCUGUAUUAUCUUUGCCUAUGUAUAUAUUCAGUGUCAUGUACAAAAUCUAAUUCAUUUGUGAUGGCUCAAAAACAGACGCAGUUAAUUACUUUAUUAGUUGUUGGACACAGAGUCCCGUUGCCGCGAUUUGAUUUGAAAUGAGCUUUGAACUGACUUAAAGAUGAUGGCUGCAAGAAGUAGUAUUAUCUGAGUUCCAUUAGAGUAUAGACUAUAGUUUGUAGCAUGUUUGUACCUCGUGUUAAAUGGAAUUUGUUGAAAAGCGCCGAGUACCUUUUAGAUGAUGGCUGCAAGAAACAGUAUUAUCUGAGUUUCAUUAGAGUAUAAACUAUAUUUUGUAGCAUGUUUGUACCUUCUUAGAGUUCCCUGUGUUAAAUGAAAUUGUUAAAAAGCGCCGAAGAUCUUUCAGAUGAUGGCAGCGUGAGAAAGAGCUUGGGUAUUCUCUGAGUUUCGUUAGAGUAUAGACUAUAUUUUUUAGCAUUUUUAUAACUCACUACUUAAAGUUCUAUGUGUGACUUGAAUUUUUAAGCCGUAUUUGUAUAUGUUUAUAGGAAAUGAAAAUCGACUUCUCAAGUACUAUAUUAAAACAAGCAACAUAUGAUAAAGCAGAAAAAAACUGUAGUUGAUCAAGUUUUAACCAGUUACAGAAGAAUAUAACUUUUCGGGAGAAACGAGGAAUCUAAAUAAUGAAAGUGCAGCAAUUUGUUUUGUUGAACUUUGAAUAAUUCUCAGAUGCAACAAAAAAACGUACCUGGACUACAGUGAAAUUUUUAAAAAAAGACUAAAAAAGCGCCAACUUUUUUAUUUACUAUUUAUUGACUUGACAAUAUCUAUACACGUUAUCUCUGAAGAGCUCGUCACUGAACUUUUACCCCUUCCCGGUCAAAGAUCGAUCUCUUUCCAAACAAAUUCUACACCAUGCAGAUUUUGAAAGGUCUUCAGUACAUUGGAACACUGUUAACACCAACACCGCCAGCCAUGGAAUUGUGCUCGUUAUAACGAAUUUUUCAGAAAAAAAAAUGACUGAUAAGUUUGGGCCAAAGACCACCGCUGGAAUUCCAAUAAAUAUUUUUUAAAAUUUAGCAAGCACACAGGGAACGAUGGGAAGAGGAAAAGGCAUCUCUUUUCCCUUCCCAGCGUCCCACGGCCGUACGUUCUUUUCCCCUCUCCCCAGACCCCACUCCCCUUUGAUUUACCAUACGACACAAAGAGUCCCCUGCGGAGCAGAGAGAGAGACAAGCCGAGGAAGUUGCAGACACGGAGUCUUCGUAUUCGUCACUGUACAAACGAGCAAG